ACGUUAUAAUACUAAUAUUUUCAUCAUGCGUAAACAAAAUGAUAAUCAUCUUUGUUGAAAUAGCACGGAAGUUUUCGCAAUUCUUGAAGACGUUCGUGUGUCGAAGUUAUCCUACUCGCUGUUAUCCCGUUUCUUUAUUGGACGUUCGUGUGAAAAGAUAUAGAUAACUAUGGCACACAAUAGCAAAGCGUAUUAACUUCCGUGUAAUAAACGAUUUUGUACUAAUUUUUAAGAAAAACAUUACGCGCAGUUUGAGUAACCAACAUGUCAGACGUUAAAAGUCUUGAAUAUCCGACGUUAAAGUUAAGUGAAUGGAACAUCGGAUUUUCAGGUUCCUUACGAACUUUUGAAUAAGAAAUUUCGAUUAGCUCAAAAGGUUAUAGACAGAGAAGCUUCAUAUGUACAAGCAGCAGCUAAUGAGCUGAUGAAGGAUAAUAAAACGGCUGUUCCUGCUGGAGAGAUGAGCAUUUUGUUAGGAGGAGUCGUUGAGAAACUUCAAACUUUAAAAAGGAAGGCACAAGAAUCUAUUGCAGAAGAGUUGCAAGCAGGAAUGGUUUGCAAGAGGAGACUGGAACAUUUGAAAGAACAUGCCAACAGUGCACCGAGUGUUGUGAACCAGUGGAGAAGACAAAGGCUUGACAGAAUGCUGAUAGAAUAUUUUCUACGCAAGGGCUAUUAUAAAACUGCAACUAAGUUAGCAGACAGUAGUGAGCUUAGAGAUUUGACAAAUAUAGAUGUUUUUAUGGUAUCAAGAGAAGUUGAAGCAUCUUUAGCAAAUCAUGAAACUGCUAGAUGCGUUGGAUGGUGCUAUGACAAUCGAUCUAAGUUAAGGAAAUUAGGGAGUACCAUGGAAUUCAAUUUACGUGUACAAGAAUUUAUAGAACUAGUAAGACAAGACAGAAGGCUUGAUGCUGUGAAGCAUGCCAGAAGGUGCUUCACAAAUUAUGAUGAUUAUCAGUUGCAAGAGAUUCAGUGUUGCAUGGGACAAUUGGCAUUUCCAGCUAACACAUCUCUUAGUCCAUAUAAAGAUUUACUCGACGAGAAAAGAUGGGACAGAUUAAUCGAACAGUUCAGGCAUGAAAACUACAGACUCUUCCAGUUGGCGAGUCAGAGUGUUUUCACGGUAGCGCUGCAAGCAGGUUUAUCAGCAUUAAAAACACCACAGUGUUAUAGUGCAAAUAAAGAAGGCAGAAAUCCGAAUUGUCCAGUGUGUAACGAAGCUCUUAACGAAUUAGCUGUCCCAUUGCCCUUCGCGCACUGUUCGCAGUCCAGGCUGGUUUGCAGUAUUAGUGGGAAACCGUUGAACGAAUAUAAUCAACCAAUGAUGAUGCCAAACGGAUAUGUAUAUGGAGAACAAGCGCUUGAGAAAAUGGCUCAGGAGAACAAUGGUACUGUAGUUUGUCCAAAAACCAAAGACGUGUUUCCGUAUAAAAAAAUAGAGAAGGUGUACGUUAUGUAAAAUCCGCAGACCGUUGUGUUGUACACAAUGUAUGUAUCUUUCAUAUUCUAAUUCGAGAACGUUUACUGUUUAAUACCGUGUACCGAUAUUAAUGGAAGGAAUAAUAUCUAUUUUUAAGGAAA